AUGCCAAACUUAAAGUGCGUCUUAAGAAAACCAAUUCAGCAUUCAGAAAACAAUUCAGAAUGGUACAAAGGAAAUCACUUCACUCCAUUCCCAACAUCAUCAAGCCACAGGAAAAAUCAACUCUACCAAAGCAAAAAUUCAAGCUUCUGUACAAAAAUGAAAAUGAUCGUCUUCCUUGCCUUUGCUCUCUUCUUCCAGGGAGCACUUGGGGAAUUAAUCUGUGAGGAAUUGCCAGUUGGAUUGUGUUCGUUCUCAAUCGCGUCCUCUGGGAAACGAUGCCUGCUAGAGACCUACGCAUCAAAUGAUGGAACUAUGGACUUCCAAUGCAAGACAUCUGAAGUGGUUGCUAUUAACUUGCACGAUUAUAUUGAGGCUGAUGAAUGCGUGGAUGUAUGUGGGGUUGAUAGGAAAUCUGUCGGGAUCUCAUCAGAUACCCUCCUCGACUCUCAGUUCACCGCCAAGCUAUGCUCCCCACAGUGUUACCAGAACUGUCCCAACAUUGUUGAUCUUUACUACAAUUUGGCUCUCGGAGAAGGCGCAUUUUUACCUGAUCUGUGCAAAUCUCAAAGAGCAAAUUCACGUCGUUCAAUGGCUCAGAUUCAAAGUUCUGGUACAGCUUUUGGCCCUAUUUCUGCGGCUGCUGGUCCAAUGUCUGCCGCUGCUCCUUUUCCUUCUCCAUCUUCAUCUCAUGAUUGUGCUCCAGCUCCAAUGUAAAUACAUCCCUAUUUGAUAUGCAGUAUUGGAUAGGAAUAGAUAAUAUAAUGAACAAGAUUUUAGUUUAUUUUUGUUCAUAUCUAAAACUAUCCAAUCCUCUUACCGAACAUGGCA